GAUAAAGAUGCACCAAUCACUAAAGAUAAGGGUUACUCAUUUGUGAUAACUUCACAAGAAAAAACAAAUUACGAAGCAACUAGUUUUAUUGUUUUAUCACCACAAAUUUUGGGAAUAAAGAUUUUUCACGAACAAAAACUUGUUUAUGAAAAUAAUAGUAUAAAUUUUUUUAUUAAAGAAUCAAUUAAAGAUACUAUUCAUACUCAAGUUACAAUUACACCCGAUUAG